AUGCCGCAAGAUUUACAUCCAUGGGAAGAAAAGGGAAAGACACUCCAGAACUGGCUUGAAGGUUCAGGUGAAACCAAAUGCCCCUACCCCAAAUCCACCCUCGAUUUAACAUGGCGUAGUCACCAGCAGGACUUUCUUGUCAAGCAAAAGCCGAAACCUCUCAAAUUAGCACUGCGUAAUGCUCUUGAGAUCAGCGAGCCAUAUUCCACAUUUCAGUCCAUCGAGAUCAACCAGCGCAACGAAGGGCCCGCAAUCUGGUGGAUCGGACGCGUUGGACAAGGAAUGAUCAUUGUUGACGAAAUGUUCCGAUCUACCAGGUCUGAAGACCCGUUCAUGUCAGAACUCACCAAGGCUGCCUAUCAGCGGGCAUUUUCUCUGGACACUCUCAAGUCGGUUGUCGUGGCUGAAAUUAACCAACGGGAUACCCUGCAGGCUGUCAAUCAUGUUUACAAGUCCCAGCGGCUUUCGAAUCCGUCUGAUGUACAGCAUACUUGGUACCCGUCUUCACCGGAAUAUCAGAUUCUUCUAGGUACUGGUGUUGGUAGAGUCGUUGCUGCCUUUGUUCUGUGUGCAUAUGGCCAACGCGCCAAGAAGAUCGUCAGCAUUGUUACUUUUUUUAUGAGUUCUGAUGUUCAUAAACUCUAUAUUCGGUUUGAGGUGGAUGAGAUUUGA